AUGGUCAGCCGCUCAAAUGACGGCGAGGAAUCGCUCCUCCUCUCAUCUCGCACACCAGGAACACCGGCGAAGACACGAUUAGCAAGAUCGGGGACGAGCCCAACAAAAAGGGAUGACAAGUUGUCAAAAUCGCUAUCGAAGGAUGAUUCAGAACUCAAGGAUUACCAAUUGGGAGAUUGUCUAGGCAAGGGUGCGUUUGGAUCGGUGUAUCGAGCCCUCAAUUGGAAUACGGGAGAGACAGUUGCAGUGAAGCAGAUCAAAUUGGCGGAUCUCCCGAAGAGCGAAUUGAGGGUGAUCAUGCUCGAAAUUGAUCUCCUAAAAGCUUUAGACCAUCCCAAUAUUGUGAAAUAUCAUGGUUUUGUGAAAACCCCAGAUACACUAAACAUCAUCCUCGAGUACUGUGAAAAUGGAUCGUUACAUAGUAUUGCAAAGAACUUUGGCCGCUUUCCCGAGAAUCUUGUGGCCCUUUAUAUGUCGCAGGUCUUACAGGGACUCUUAUACCUUCACGACCAAGGUGUGAUUCAUCGAGAUAUAAAAGGUGCAAACAUCCUCACGACCAAGCAGGGACUAGUGAAGCUAGCAGAUUUUGGUGUGGCUAGUCGCACAACUGGUUUACAUGAGUCAAGUGUUGUCGGCACCCCAUAUUGGAUGGCGCCGGAAGUUAUCGAACUUUCAGGAGCGACGACAGCGUCGGAUAUCUGGAGUCUUGGUUGUACAGUGAUCGAGCUCCUUGAUGGGAAACCUCCAUACCACAAAUUGCAGCCUAUGCCGGCUCUUUUCCGUAUAGUGAAUGAUGAUCAUCCUCCACUCCCUCAAGGAGCAUCACCUGGAGUUAAAGACUUCUUGAUGCAAUGUUUCCAAAAAGACCCCAAUCUUCGCGUAUCAGCUCGCAAACUUUUGAGACACCCUUGGAUUAUUACGGCUCAUCGAUCCGAAUCUGUUGUCCCAAAGAAACCCACUGAGUAUGAAGAGGCAGUGAAGAGUGUUCAAGAGUGGAAUGAGGCUCUUCGUUCUCCGGACUCGACCACAGUUAGGAGACCAGGCCGGGCCGAUCAUCAAGGUCCCAGUCAUCCACGGCUUGAUCCUAUAAAUAUAGGAUUACGACCAAAGGACUUGACUGCCCCUAGGAGUUUGUCAGGAAAAGGCCGCUCUCCAGAUCCGGAAGAUAAUUGGGACGACGAUUUUGACUCUGCUAUUUCGCCUCGUGCGCUUGAUCUACCGCAUUUGAGACCGCAUGAUCAUCUCGGAGGAAUACUCUCUUCGGAACGACUGAAAGCAUUUGCUUCCUUUGAUGGGACCACAGUGAGGGAUACGUCAGGAAGUUUUUCAGGGAGUGACAAUUCGUUGGGGAUCACUGACUCGGAUCCGCUAGAAACGAUUCGACCACUGCCGCGGAAAGUGAUAGAGGAAAAUAAGCAGCAUACGAAGAGUCGGUCGCGCCACAGAUCGAGUCAAAGUGUUCCUGCUGUUUCAGGUGUACAAAUACUCGGCAAUAAGCCCGGGGCUCCCCCAUCAAAGCCAUUACGCCAGUCCCGCCCAGCAGCUUUCUAUACAGAAAGCGCGGACGAGGAUUAUUCGGAUAUCAUAGUUGCAAAUGACGAUGUUUUGGAGCGUAAGCUUGGAAUUUUUUCGGAGGUUGAUGACAAUGCACCAAAGACUGCGUUGCUGAUCCCGGCCCAGAGGAAGCAAUCAACCAGCAGCAUCGACUCACGCGACACUAAAGCGAGCUUUCCCACUCGGUCGAAAGCUAGGGACUCCUUCAAACGUAGCAAUUCUGCCAUUGAGAUACAGAAGUUUACUGAGGAUGAGCAUGAUGAGGACUUUUCUGACAUAUUCGGCAACGAAGAAAAUGCCCUUGCAAAGCCGGCCAGUGAGCAUGGCUCGGAAAAGAGCACAUUCUUGCUACAGUCCAAACUUUCCAAUAAUUCAUGGCUAGGAGACCAAGACGACGAGGACGAUCCCUUCGCCCAGCUGGAGGAAGGAUUCGAUGAAAUGGAUCUGGAAGCAAACAUUGCCCGAGAUAAAUACGCCCGCCUACGUAAUCAGGUUGAGGGACUCGUCAGCUCUCUGAAGACUUCACAGGAUGACGAUGUGCUCGCCGACAUCUCGGAACAAUUGUUAGUCACUUUCUGUGAUCUACCAGAAACAAAGGCAAUCAUCAUUGGGGCCCACGGCAUGCUUCCUAUGCUGGAGAUAUUAGAAGGCUGUCGGCGACGGGACAUCAUAUUCAACUUGCUCAAGAUUAUCAACUUGAUCAUUUUUAAUGACUAUGAGGUACAAGAAAAUCUAUGUUUCGUCGGCGGUAUACCCAUCAUCAAUGAAUUUGCAUCAAAAAAGUACCCCCAGGAAAUUCGACUAGAGGCAGCAACAUUUGUGCAACAGAUGUAUCAGUCGUCGACUCUGACGUUGCAAAUGUUUGUUAGUGCCGGUGGUCUGAAUGUCUUGGUUGACUUCCUUGAGGACGACUACGAAGAUGAGCGAGAUCUUGUCUUGAUUGGUGUCAACGGCAUAUGGAGCGUUUUUGAGCUUCAAGGAUCAACUCCAAAAAAUGAUUUCUGUAGAAUUUUGUCCCGAAAUUCGGUGUUGGACCCGUUAUCGCUCGUGCUAAGCAGAGUUCUAGAUGAAGAUGAAGAACUGGCGAAGAUAAGUGAGGGUCGCAUUGCCAAUAUCUUUUUCAUAUUCUCUCAAGCAGAGAAUCAUGUCAAGGAGAUGGUUGCGGAAAGAGCGGUGUUGCAUAGAGUACUCAAGGAGUUGAGACGUAUGACCCCAGUUCAUCAGAUCACAAUGCUCAAGUUUAUCAAAAAUCUCUCCAUGCUUUCUACAACACUGGAAUCAUUACAAAACUCCAAUGCGAUCGAUGUCCUUACAGAACUUUUGCGAUCGACCAUGAAGCAGCCUCAUUUCAGAGAGGUUUCGAAUCAGAUUCUCAACACCAUAUAUAACAUGUGCCGACUCAGCAAACCACGGCAAGAGGAUGCGGCUUUGAAUGGAAUCAUUCCUCUUCUGCAGAAGAUUGUGAAAACAGAGCGUCCGCUGAAAGAAUUCGCACUUCCCAUACUGUGUGAUAUGGCUCACUCGGGGAGAGUUGGUCGUCGUGAACUUUGGCGCAAUAAGGGAUUGCCAUUUUAUAUAUCGCUGUUGUCUGAUCCGUACUGGCAAGUUACUGCGUUGGACGCGAUUUUUGCAUGGCUGCAAGAAGAGACCGCUAAGGUCGAGGAAAAUCUACUGGAAGACCGUGCUGACGGCAUGUCUUUCACUGAUGCGAUUGUCAAAUGUCUAACAAUUUCGAAAGCGAAUGCUUUCGAAAACUUGCUCGAGCCUCUACAGAAACUCCUACGAUUAAGCCCUCCCGUCGCUUCAACACUCGCUCGACCAGAUCUCUUCACUCGCAUUCGCCAAAAGCUUCAUCAUAACAAAGCCGCUGUACGAUUGAAUCUGCUCCGCAUUCUUUCCAGUAUUUGUGACUCGACAGAGGCACAGGGCGAUUUACUUGCACGUUGUGGUCUGCUGGAUGCUAUCAGAGAGCUUGAAAAUGACCCAGCAAUUCUUGUGAGAGACAUGGCUGGCAAACUACUCAAAUCCAACGAGCAUCUUGAGAAUCUGUCGGGUGCAAAACGGAGACCUCUGAUAAGACGGACAAGCACUUCUGCUCUCUCUCAGACAUCUGGGGGCAACCUUUCACGACCCACUACCCCUAAUCUUAGACCCGGGCAGUCUAGAGGACUAUUCGAAGUUUCUGAUUCCCCCCGCCAUCGGCGCAAGAGUCUACGACCUGCGACUCGAGAUGGCAGCACGUCAGUAGUAGGAUCGAAUGAUAGUAUCGGACAAGCGACUGCCCGUAGUCGCGUGCCCCGGGUCAUGAACAGUCGACUAUCCUUACUCAGCCCCUUACCAUCAGAAGAAAUAAGAUCUCCUACUUCUUCAAAUCGGCCACCGUCGGCGAUCGCUCGACGAAGACGCCAAACGAAUAAUGACAUUGAGUGGGCUUGAGACAAUGUCCCAUUGCAAUCUCUCCUUUCUUUCUUUUACAUUCCUUUUAUAACUAAUACCCUUCCGCCCCGAGGACUUUUUUCUUUUUCAAUUGGACAUGAUAUGUUUAUACAUUUUACUUUCUUUUGCAUAGAACGGCGUCGUGGUACUGAGCGGAUGCUUGGAUUAUUGGAUGUGUCUAUUCAAGAGGGCGAUUGAAACACAAUAUGUAGAUGGCAAUUAGGCCCUGCGAAUACAAUAGCUUUAUUCUACU